CGUCACGGUACAAUGUUCUGUUGUAUGAGGAUGUGGGCUCAGCAGAUUUCUCGAUUUUCGCCCGUGUUUGCGAAGCACUGAAGCAGGCAGUAAGUUGUUGACCGUAUAACGUCGUUGUCAGAGGAAACAAUUCAUGUUGAGUCAAUGUGUAGCUUUCGGCUAAAAUACGAUAAGUUGCCACCGCGUUAACCGUGGCAAUAUGUAUGUGAAUGUGAAUUGUUGUUAAAACGAGUAAAGUAAACAAAAAAAUAAUUGUAAGACAAAACUGCAGACCAUCAAUCAACAUUUCCCAGAAAGCAGUCCAGGAUGUUACUCGAAACAAAGAAAAUGGUACCUCCUGAUGGCGGGUAUGGAUGGAUUGCAGUCAUUGGAGUUAGCAUAGUUAAUCUAUGCACAAGAUCAAUAGAACAAUCCUUUGGAAUUCUUUUUGGAGACGUCUUAGCCGAAAUAGGUGUAGCGACGACAGGAUCAGCUGUGAUAAUGAGUACCUUAGAUGCGUUAAUUAAUUUUUCUGGUUUAUUUGUCGGCCCUUUAAUUCGUGCCUUUUCUUAUCGAAAAGUAUCUUUUGCUGGCGCCUUCUUAACAGCUCUGGGAUUAAUGAUGACCUCUCCAGCCCGGAGUAUGACGCAUAUAAUUGCCACAUACAGUAUUAUUAACGGAAUAGGUGUUGGUUUAGCAUCUUCAGCAACUUUUGUUUCCUUAAACCAUUACUUCCUUAAAAAAAGAGGUCAAGCGGUAGGAUAUUCGAUGGCAGGAACAGCCUUCGGUAUGUUCGUCAUACCACACGCUGUAGGGUUCCUAUUGGAAAUGUAUACGUUUAGUGGCGCUAUUCUAAUAUUAGGCGCAAUUGCUUUACAUGGACUGGUAGGAUCAGCCCUUUUACAACCGGCCAAAUGGCAUUUGGUUCCAGAUAAAGUCAUAGAAGAAGAACCGAUAAAGGAAAUGGAAACAAUAAAGGAAGCUGAAGAGGAUCUGGAAAGUGAUGCCACUUCUCCCACUUUAAUAACCGUAACAACUAAUCCAGAUCUAUCUCCCAAAGUGUUUGACGAACGACCCUUGACCAGAAAAGCGACGUUUCCUCGAAAUUUUUCUACCAUGAGUUUUUUAAAUAGACGCAGAAAGACAUCAACCGAAUCAAUUUAUUCCAGUAUAUCUACCAUGGAUUUUACGGGAUCAAGUUUCCAUCUUCACUUGCAAGAUCCUGUUAGAGAAGAACCGAAAUGCAAUGAAAACGGACUAACAGUUCCACUAGCUCAUGGUAUACGGAGAAAUAUGAGUUAUCCUGCUGUUCAAACCCAUGACAGGGAAAACAAACUUCUCAAGGAAAUACGGGAGAGAGAACCUCUGCACUUUGAACCAAAAAAGAAAGAUACUGUUUGGAAAAAGAUAAUUGAUUUCUUGGAUUUAGACUUGCUAACAGAUCCGAUAUAUUUAAAUCUUGUAUUCGGUUUAUCAGCGUUCUACGUGGCUGAACAAAAUUUUAAGAUGUUACUUCCAUUUUUCUUUAACAAUCUUCAGUACACGAAACAAGAUCAAGCGAACUUCUUGUCGAUUCAAGCUGCUGCUGAUAGUUCUGUUCGGUUAAUCUUUUCACCAAUUUUUGAUAAAUUUAAUAUCAGGAAACGAACUCUGUUUUUUAUUUCUAUCUUUCUGCUCGGAAUUAGUCGAUCAGUAUUAGCGGAACAGACUGAGUGGACGAUGAUCGUGAUUGUCCUCGUUAUUUGCGGGUUCUUUAGAGGCUGUGCUCUAAUUAAUUUCACAAUAACCAUAGCGGAAUAUUCUUCCUUGGAGAAGCUUCCGGCCGCAUUCGGUCUUCAUAUGGUUGGUAAAGGAAUAUUUGUAGUGGCUUUUGGGCCACUUCUCGGUUAUAUUCGGGACAAAUCUGGAAGUUACCCCCUUUGUCUACAUUCACAAACGUUUUUCAUCAUGUUAUGUUGUUUCGCCUGGAGUAUAGAGUACAUCGUUGUAUGGGCAAAGAAUCGAAACAAAGACAACAAGAAACCAAAUAAAAGCUGAUAGUUGCCAUUCAUUAUUAUUCAUAAUAGUCUCAUUGUUAGAGUAGUAAACAACUGACGGUCUGUGAUUUUAUUAUAAUUAAUAAGCAAAGCGGCAUUUUCAUUAUGACUUAACUCACUUUUACUCACUUAAGAUAUUUAUAAGUUGUUGCAGACUUCUCAUAAUAUUUUAGUCGUGAGUUUUAAAAUAAAAUGAACAAACUCCGUUUGUUCGUAUAAACUA